GGACCAACCUGGGAACCCCUUGCUCCAGCCUCCAUGCUAGGUCUGGAGGGCCCCUGUUGGGUAGGUCCAGGGCCUGAUGGGGGCCUUGCUGUGAGUGAAGAGUUUGGAGAUGUGCAGCUGUUUGGCAGUGCCUAUCAGCCUCUGGGUUCCCUAGGAACCCUGACUGGGCAUAGAUUUGGCCGUCCAACAGGUGUGUGCUCUGACACAGAAGGUAGCAUUAUUGUGGCUGAUGAGCAGAGACAUCAAGUGACUCUGUUUCCCCGGGUUGGGCCACCUAUCUGCUUGCAGUUGGAAGGACUAGAGAGGCCCUUGGGUAUGGCCUGUGCACCCCAGGGCCAACUGGUGGUGGCAGAUGCAGGGGAUAACUACAUCAAGGUGUACCAGUAUCUUGGGGAGAUGGCCUAA